CUUCUCAUUUCCUCUUGCAGGAAAACUCAAUAAAGAAGCAAAAAAAAAAAAAAUCUGCAAACGAACGAAACGAUUGAAAUUUGAAAGUAUACUUCUUUCAAGAUUCUUCAGACUAGCAAUAAACCCCAGUCAAUAAACAAAGCUUAAACAAGAAGGGUAGAGAAAUCAACUUGAUUGGUGGGAAUUUGGAGCAAGGGGUCACUUUAGGCAGAAAGCAGAUGGUUUGCUUUGCGGCAGCUGGAAGCUGCUACGCAAUAAGGGCGACAGCGGUUAUGGUGUCAACGAAACUCCACGUCAACAGUUCCCACGCAUAUUCCCAAUUUCCCCUCUCGUCUCGGCUACCGUUCCCUUUUCCCUGCUACAGUAUAUCUCCUUCAACACGCCGAGCUCUCGCCAUGGCCGCUACUCCGAUUCAGUCGUCCCCGGCUCCUCAGGCUGUAUCUGGUACCGAAAUCGGGGGUGGGGAAGAUGUUAUGCAAUUGAUCAAUGCUCACCAGAAAAAUGCUGCUCGGCUUCCCGCCUUGGAGGAAAUCCGGACGGUCCUUUAUCAUGGUCUGCGAGGGAUGCUCUCAACGUUCUCUCUGAAAUACGAGGGUUAUCCAUCUGGGUCGAUUGUUGAUUUCGCAUCUGAUGCAGAUGGGUCUAUUAUAUUGGCAGUCAGUUCCCUAUCAGUUCAUUCCAAGGACCUGUCAGCUAAUCCAAAAUGCUCCUUGCUCUUUGCUAGAGAUCCCGAGGACAGGAGUGAUCUUAUGAUCACUGUGCAUGGAGAUGCUAUCCCUGUAUCUAAGCAAGACGAGGCUGCUACUAGAACUGCUUAUUUGGCCAAACAUCCCAAUGCGUUUUGGGUUGACUUUGGGGACUUCCAAUUUUUAAGGAUUGAGCCAACUGUUGUACGGUAUGUGUCUGGAGUAGCAUCUGCAUUGCUUCGAUCUGGAGAGUUCAGCAAGGAAGAGUUCAAAUCUACUAAAGUUGAUCCAAUAUCCCUAUUUGCAAAGCCUGUUGCGUCUCACAUGAAUAGAGAUCAUGGUGAGGAUACAAAACUGAUUGUGAAGCACACGACAUCAAUUCCGGUGGAUUCUGCUUAUAUGCUCGAUGUGGAUAGUCUUGGAUUCAAUGUCAAGGCUGUUUAUCAGGGGAACACUUACAAGCUACGUAUUCCUUUCCCUAGGCGCGCAGAAGAAAGAAAGUGAGCACCUUUACUCUGAAUUUCUGGCCACUUGAAGGACCUUAAGACUUUAGUUGUUGAAAUGCUUGAAGCUGCCAGAGGCCAGACCUAAAAACAAGCUCAUGGAUGCCCUACCAAGAGAAGAGCAGAAAGGUGAGAACUUGCUCAAGAAAUAAUGCUAGUCUGUUAAAGAGACACUGAUAUGGUUUGGUAAAUAGUUGAACGAUUAGCCUUGAAGACUUUUCGAUUGUGAAUAUGGCCAAACAGAGACCCUCUUGCGUUGUCCACCCUUGUCUUAGUCCAGAUCUUUUGAACUCUUUGUAAUAAGACAAAGUUAUUGUAUGUCUGGCACAGCUGGAGAUAUAUGGAUUUACUUGUGAUGAUACCACAGGGUACAUAAUACAAAAUGGUUUGUGUAAUGUAAUCCCAAAAAUAAAGGGUUUGUUUGGCUCUAGCGGUA